AUGACCGUAGAUAAUGUCUCCGCAACUCACAGAAAACACAAGCACCAGAAGAUAGAUUGGAAUGAUUUACGUGCAAGAAGCCUUCAAAAGGGAGGAUUUGGAGACGAACGUGUUGACCUAUGGCCGAAGAUAUUGAAUGUAGCAAAACCCAAAGAUUUUGCAGACGAAAAAUCCCGCAGACCGACUGAAUCUAAAGACGAAGUUGUACAUCAAGAUGAACGACAGAUCGGGCUGGACACAGACCGCAGUUUCGUUCUCUAUCCAGUGGAUUCGAAUACCGACAAAGAAACAUUACAGGCAGAGCUGCACAAGCUGCUUGUGUCUAUCUUUCGCAAACGACCGCGCCUAAGUUAUUUUCAGGGAUACCAUGAUAUUGUUACUGUCCUAUUUUUGACAUUACCGCCCGAAAUGCAGCUAGUGUGCGCCGAGAAGUUGAGCCUACACAGACUCAGAGAUUCGAUGGGGUCCGGACUGGAACCUGUGCUUGGACUGCUAAGGGUAACCAGCAAACUUCUCCAUCUUGCAGAUCCUGAGUUUGCCCAGCUUCUGGAAAGAAAUUCCCCGCUGCCUUUUUACGCGCUUUCUAAUUUAUUGACCCUAUUCUCGCAUGAUAUACCAACUUUGCCACUCAUCCAACACGUUUUUGAUUAUCUAUUUUGCCGUCCCCCUAUUGCGGUCGUGUAUCUAGCAACAGCUGUUAUUCUCUCGCGUAAAAAGGAGGUCAUACGAUUGGAGGAGGAAGACGAAGAUGGCAUGAUUCAUUCACUACUCAGCAGUUUACCGAACCUCGCGGACGACAUUGACGAGGAAGAUAUCAUAGAUAUACGGCCAACACCGUGGAAAUCCGACGAGUCGCCCGAGGCUGACACCAGCAAUACAUUUUUCAAAGAGGAGAAUGAUCCAGAUCAAAUUAUGUUGAAUAACUCAAGCCCAUACGUUGACUCCACAGUGAAAGUGGAAUCAGAAAAUCCAAUGGAUUAUGUCCAAAACGAUGGGAACAGAUUACCCGAUUCUCGCAGCCAUUCCCCUUCGCCCACAAACAGUCACGAAGGUAUCUCGGAUAACACCGGAAACGCAACCCCUCUUGAACAUGUUCACGAUGAUGAUUCACUAUCCAACAAACGCGACGAAACUCAGCCGAAAGAAGAAGAUGCUGAUCAAAGCACUCGUCCGCUAUCGGAGACAAUACCGCCAGUCGAACUAAGCCCACCUAUUAACGAGCCAACAAAAGAGGAAAAUCAUGAUUGCGACAUCGUCUCUACUAUCCACCAUAAACCUGAGAGGAUUUACCUGACCGACCUUCUGCGGCGUGCUGAUGCUCUAUACAAAGAGUUUCCGCCAUCUCAUCCAGGCCUCGCACUGUCGUCAAUCAUGGGUCCCCAGAGUGUCGUCUUUACGUGGUCAGAAUCGUUUUCGGAGCUACCUUCAGACAAUACGGCCGAAGCUAUGGUAUCGCACCCUGAGCUGGUCGUAUAUCCCUACGUGGAGAUAGACCCGCAUCAAAAGGAAGAAGGAUCUUCUGAUGAUAAAGACGAAAAAUCGCCAGGUGGUGGCAAAAAGUCGCGUCGGAAACGACGCAAGCUCAGAAAAUCUCCCUUCGGACAGAUGGAAAAGAAGACAAUGUUGGCUGGGACGGUGCUGGUGCUCGGCGUGGCAAUGGCGGUGUAUGGCAUCAAGGCGCGCAAUGCGCACCCGAGCCAUGGGUUAUUAUAUGGGAUCGCUGAAGGUCGGGGGCAUAAAGACUGGAGGCGCGUCAGCGGGUGGGUAGGAGGCGCAUUGGCCGGAAUGAGCGAAAAGAUAAUGAACGGUCUAUCUUCGGGCUCAUGA